CUCCAAACAGGCGAUCCAAACAAAGCAACUCUCUCUCUCUCUCUCUCUCUCUCUGAAAGAUGGGCGCACCAAACGACCCAGAGUCUCCUGAUAAGGCUGCUUCUUCCCAAGAGGAGCCGCCGCCGCCGGCGACUGGAAUUCCGGUGGUCGCUCUGCCUCCGUCGGUGGAUUACGCGGCCUGGUCCACGGGUCUCUGCGACUGCUUCUCCCAGUUCGAUCGCUUUUGCAUUAGCUUCUGGUGUCCCUGCGUCACAUUCGGCCAGAUUUCGGAGAUCGUGGACAGAGGAGCUUCCUCCUGUGGUAUAAAUGGAGCAAUCUACUUCCUCAUCGCUUGGGUGACCGGGUGUGCGUGCUGCUAUUCCUGCUUCUACCGUCAAAAGAUGAGGAAGCAGUACAGGAUCAUCGGGAGCUCGGCCGAGGACUUCGUCCUCCACUGCCUCUGCGAGCCGUGCGCCCUCACCCAAGAGUAUCGCGAGCUCCAGAACCGUGGAUUCAACCCAUCCCUCGGUUGGUUUGAGAGCGUGGAGAGGCAAAAUCACGAGGUGGCAAUGGCUCCGAUGCCACCGGUGGCUCCGGUCGUGGAGGAAGGCAUGAAGCGUUGAUUGUUUCGAGCUAGUUUGAAAUGGCAUCUUUAAAUGACUUCAAGCUAUGUGUUGUAAUUAUGUAAUCGUUAUUGUUAGUGUAUUCUAACAAUGCGAAAGAUGAAUGUGAGUUUACUUAUACCGCUUCACAAAACUGAUAUACUAAAUAAUGCGGGAUAAUAUUGUUAAUGUGUUGAAUAUGAAUCCCUUGUUUGAAUUCUCA